UCCUUUCUGCCUUUUGCCUACCUCUGUACUCAUAGGGCAUUUCCUGUUUCAGUGUUUAGUAUAAGAAGCAUAACUGAAUGGAAAAAUCAUAUUUAUAAUAUGGCAAUUAAAGCUAUAUUUUUUGACAUGGACGAGACAUUGAUAGGCACAAGUCUUGCAACAAAUGUAGCAUAUCAGCAUACUAAAGAGCAUCUCCAUGAAAAAAACACUUCCUCUUUGAUGAUGGGCACUUUAUAUAAGCAUGCAGACAAAUUGAUUGAAACUUUCAGCCACAGUUUGAAUUCUAUCAAAAAUGAAGAAUACAAGUUACAAAGCCCAAGAGACAUUAGAAUAAAAUUAUGGGAUUCUGCCAUUCAGAGAGUAUUAACUGAAAACAAUGCAACAAUAUCCUUUGAUGAAAGUUUGAAAAGUGCUGAAGACUUGUAUAAAAUCUGGCAUGACACGAGGCUUAAUAAUUUGAAAAUGCUUGAGCCAACAAGUCUUGAAGUAUUGUGUAGGUUGCGAAAGCGCUAUAGACUCUUACUACUGACAAACGGUAGCAGUGUUGUGCAAUGGGAAAAAAUAAAAACACUAAAUUUUGAGAAAUAUUUUGAUUAUGUUCUUGUUUCUGGAGACGAACCUUAUGACAAACCACAUCCUUCUAUAUUCCAAAAGGCUUGCUCAAUAUGCCACUGUCUGCCUGAUGAAUGUACAAUGGUUGGUGAUACAAUUGAGACUGACAUAAAAGGCGCAAAUGAUGCUAAACUUGCAAUGUCUAUUUAUUAUGAGAGAGAUUGCAAUAAGAUUGAAGUAGACCACUAUGAUGACCCUUCAUGUAUACCUUCACAUAGAAUUAAUUCUAUCUCUGAUUUGUUGAAAAUAUUCAUGUCAAAACCAAAUAUCGAAGUUCGCGCAUCUGAAACGAUAACUUGUUAGCUAUUCCCACACUGUGAACCUGGAUCUGAAAGAGAGUCUGUGCUGUGGUCAGUCAUACUGCUCAUUCCUCUUUCCCGGGAUAAAUAGGAAAAUGCUAUCUUUUCCCAUGUAAAGUAUUGUAAAACUAAUCAAUUUGAUAAUAGCAUUGCUUUUUGGGUAUGUGUUUCCAUGAGAAAUUAUUUUCAAACGAAAGCAAUUGCCUUUCACCAACAAUUAAGCAGUUUUGGGUUUAUAGCAAUUUCAGUUUUUAUAUGACUGUAAAAUGUUCUAUUUUAUGCUUUAAUUAAUUAUUUCAUAGAGCAAGAUAUCAAUUUUAUGUUAUUAUUCCUGAUUUUGUGUUAUGAGUCUGAGUUAGUGUAACCCUUUUUCCUAAUUUAUAUAUUCAUAUAUAUUAAUAUAUAUAAUACAUAUUAUAACGAUUUUUAGGAGGCAACAAAAAACUGGAAUUCUACUGUAAUACUUACCGUAAUACUAACUGUUCAUGUUCACACAUUCACAUAUCUAAUUUAGUAUACUAAUAUUUUCGCUUGCAAAUGUUUGCUUGUCCCUGUUCAAUUUGUUAUUUGUUGUUACACUUGGACACAUUUUUUUUCAUAUACUUGAAGUGUAUUAUUAUAUUUUUAUUAACAUUUUCAUUAACUUCAUUCUGAAGCACUUUGUUUUGUUUCAGUGUUUGCUAUAUUAAAUGUAUAAUAUUAAUUUUUAACACAUGACCAAAAAUUUUAUUAAUUAGGAAAUUAAAGUAGGCUUUCAAGUGUAAAUAUAGAAACAGUGAAAAAACUGAAUAGAGAGAGAUAAAGUCUGGUUAAAAAAAACUUGAUAACUUUGUGCCUUAAUCUUUGGGGUUAAUUCAUAUUUAAAGUCUAAUUUCUGAAACCAUGAAUUUUUACUUCAUAUAUUCUUAAUAAUAUUUUUAUCUAAUUGAUAAGGGCAAUUUAUCCACUUCACAAAGUUGGUGAUAAAAUUCAGACUCAGACUUUCUAUCAGACUGUAAAUAUAACUAAUCCAACCUGUAAUCUGAAUGCUUAACCUGGUUAUGUAGCCCUAUCAUCAAAUUUCCUUUCUCAAGAUAAAUAUAACAUAUGGGUAAUGUAAUAUAAUUAUGACUUUUGUAAUUAUAUCGAAAUGAAUAAUAUAUAUUUAAUAUACUUCUCUGAUUUUAAAUAUACCUAAUUUAAAGUUUAUUUAUUACAAGAGUUAUUUUUGAAGUGCAUUCCAAGUUUUAUAAUUACAA